ACUACGGUUGCAGAAACUCUAUAUACAGAACGUCACUCCACAAAAACGGCAUGCAACCCGGCCCGCGACAAGAUGUAACCCUAACCUCCACAGGCUGCGCGGCUCUGAUGCGUAUAUCGACAAUAAGCAGGGAGUAUAUAUAUGAUGAGGGGCAGCUACUGAUAGACGACUACUCUCCUGCUAUAUUUUCACUAACAAACGAAGGCUUCGUUUCCUUUCAUUUCAAAGCCCCUCAGAAUGCCAGCCAUGCUACAAAAGCCCAAGGAGCUCAAGUUCCUGGUGAUCGGCGCUGGCUCGCGGGGCAACGCCUACUCUGAACCCAUCACUGAAACGACAUCCGCCCAGAUCUACGCCGUCGCAGAGCCUCUCCCGUACAAGCGACAGCUCUUUGGACGGAAAUAUAUCUGGGGCCCGGACGGGAGUCCCCAAGAAGGCCAGGAAUUUGUCGACUGGAAAGCAUGGCUUGAGUGGGAGACCGACCGCCGUCGUCGGCAGGCGCAGGGCGAACCCGUGCCUGAUGGGGUGGACGGCGUCUUCGUCUGCACCCUCGACGAGAUGCAUGUCGAGAUCAUGGUUGCCAUCGCGCCGCUGAACCUCCAUGUGCUAUGCGAGAAGCCUCUGGCCACCUCUCUCGCUGACUGUCUGUCCAUCUACCGGGCCCGGACACCCGAGCAGCAAUCGAAGAUUUUCUCCAUCGGCCACGUCCUCCGCUACAGCCCGCACAACAUUACCCUCCGCAAGCUCCUCCUCACUGAUCGCGUCAUCGGCGACGUUCUCUCCAUCGAGCACACUGAGCCUGUGGCCUGGUGGCACUUCGCCCACAGUUACGUGCGCGGCAACUGGCGACGCCAGUCGCGCAAUGGGGAUGGUUCUCUGCUGACCAAGUGUUCGCACGACGUCGACUUCCUGCUCUGGAUGCUGUCGUCCCCUCCGACCGGUGCUCCCAUCGACACCCAACCGCAUCUGCCGCGCUCGAUCUCCUCAAUGGGAGCCCGCAGCAUGUUCCGUCAGUCACGCAAGCCCCUUGCUGCUGGGAACGCGACAAACUGCCUGUCCUGCCCUAUGGAGCGCGACUGCCACUACAGCGCCGUCAAGAUCUACCACGACCACCAGCUCGCCAAGGGAGAUACCCAUUGGCCUGUGCACAUCGUCUGCCCUGACAUCGAGGACGUGCUGAAGACGUCCGGCAUGGAGGUCGCGCAGACACAGCUGUUCGACCGACUGGCCGAGGAUUACGACCGCACAACAGCCGCCGAUGCCGAGAUCGCCGCUCGCUCGUGGUACGGGCGCUGCGUCUACGAGAGUGACAACGACGUCUGCGACGACCAGCUGGUCACCAUCUCCUGGGACGAGGACAACACCGCUGUGCCCCCGCGGCCCGGCAAGCGCGCCGUCCUCCACAUGGCGGCCCAGACCGAGAAGGAGUGCGAGCGUCGCGGCCGGGUCUACGGCACCCACGGCGAGCUCGAGUACGACAGCCACCAGAUCAGCUACUUCUCCUUCGUCACCCGUGAGACCACCGUCGUCGAGGUGCCCCAGCAGACCAAGUCCCUGCACGGUGGUGGCGACUACGGGCUGGCCCGCGCGUUUGUCGCCGCAGUGGAUGCUGUUGAGAACCAAGGUCUCCCCGCCCAUGACGCGCAGGUGCAGUUCAUCGGCUGCACGUUCGACGAAGCCGUGCGCAGCCAGGUGGUGGUCUUUGCCGCCGAGGAGGCCCGACGUGAUGAGAAAGUCAUUCAGUGGCAGGAUUGGUGGAAGGAGAAGACGGCCAGCAUUGUCGUCUAGACUGAGAUGACAGAUCGUUUGAUGAAGCUCAUGAACCAGGCAGUUAUGAAAAUACGCAACCUCUCACUAUCUUCCUGAAGUCUUCAAUAGUCUUGAACACCUUUAAU